AUGGCUAAAGCCGAGUCUUCCAAGGCAGCUGCUACCAAUGGCAUUAAGUCACAUGCCAAUGCAGCUACCCCCGAUCUACCCUGGGUCGAGAAAUACAGACCGGUCUAUCUCGACGACGUAGUCGGCAACAUCGAGACAAUUGAGCGACUCAAAAUAAUCGCAAAGGAUGGCAACCUCCCCCAUAUCAUCAUCUCUGGCAUGCCUGGAAUCGGGAAAACCACCUCAAUAUUGUGCCUUGCGCGCCAGCUAUUGGGCGACGCCUACAAAGAAGCGGUCCUCGAACUGAAUGCCAGCGACGAGCGCGGUAUCGACGUCGUCCGCAAUCGCAUCAAAGGCUUCGCUCAGAAGAAAGUCACCCUUCCUCAAGGCAGACACAAGCUCGUCAUCCUCGAUGAAGCUGACAGUAUGACUUCGGGUGCACAGCAAGCCCUGCGAAGAACAAUGGAGAUCUACUCGUCAACCACACGUUUCGCUUUUGCCUGCAAUGCCUCUAAUAAAAUAAUUGAGCCCCUACAGAGCAGAUGCGCGAUCUUGAGAUACGGCAGGUUGACAGACGCUCAAGUAGUGCAGCGGCUCUUGCAGAUCUGUGAGGCGGAGAAGGUCGAAUAUGCAGAUGAUGGGCUCGCAGCGCUUGUAUUCUCAGCAGAAGGCGAUAUGCGUCAGGCAAUCAACAAUUUGCAAAGCACCUGGGCAGGUUUCGGCUUCCUUAGCGGGGAGAAUGUGUUCCGUGUUGUUGACUCACCCCACCCGGUCAAAGUGCAGGCAAUGUUAAAAGCUUGCUGGGAGACGAAGAUCGAGCAAGCCGUUGAAGGACUACAAGAGCUGUGGACUCUUGGCUACAGCUGCCAUGAUAUCAUAUCCACCAUGUUCCGUGUCACAAAAACAAUGCCAGGAUUGAGCGAGCAUGCCCGACUGGAGUUCAUAAGAGAAAUCGGGUUCUGCCACAUGAGGAUCCUAGAAGGCGUGCAGACAUUGGUUCAGCUGAGUGGUGUCGUGGCAAGACUUUGUAAGAUCAACAUGAAGCCUGAACUGUUCGUUCCGCCUUAA